AUGACGUUCGCAGCCACAGUAUCACUCCGGAGCCACAAUCUCAAUCCGGAAUGCGAAACUCUUCGUGAAAGCUGUGAUUGUCCAUUGAUUGAGGUAGAGGGUUAUGAGGUAGAGGGUUAUGAGGUAGAGGGUUAUGAGGUAGAGGGUUAUGAGGUAGAGGGUUAUGAGGUACAGGGUUAUAGCGAAGUCGACACUUUCUCUGUGUUCAACUGA